AUGCCCUCGUCGUCGCCUUUUAUCCUUCUUUUGAUCACUCUCAUCCUCGCCUGUGUCUCUUAUCUGAUUUCUUCAGCACGACUUGUCUACUGGCGGCACCGCCAAGCACGGCGGCCGAGAACAGUAGACUCCUCACCAUCACAGACUUACAAGGAACAGCACCCUAGGCGCUAUCUUUGGCGGAUGUCGCUGUUCAUACUUGUUAUAUCUAUGACAACAUCAGCUCUUGCAGUUCCAGCCUUGAUCAAAGGCGACCCUUACACCACGGUACUCGCAGCUUGGAUUAUAGUUGCGAAUUGGUCUCAUGAGGCUAUCAUUUCAACGCUCACAGGGCGGAAAGGCAUGACGAUGUUCAAGCCCCGGCGUAUCUGGUCUGGUUUUAUCAUCGCUGGGGCUUUUCUCAUCGUCGGGGUUACAAUCCGACUACUCGAUAUCUCCAGUUACGGACUCAUAAUCGCAAGGAUAUCGGACAGCGGCUACCACCUUUAUUUCAUCUGGGAAUGGAUCAACGUGGUUGCUGCGAAGGGACAGUUCCAGUCGGGAAAAGAGGCCGGCUUGAUGGUGAAGACCUACCUUAUGGCUCGUAUUGUCUUAACUAUAGCGGCCUCUGUGUUCUUGCUUUCAUCGUCCAAUGAUUUCAACCUCAUGGUGCGCAACAGACCACACGAGCAUAGAGGAAUUAUCGCUGACAUACUCAAGGCUACUGCUACCAUCCGUGGUGCGCACAGUGUAUUAUAUACCAUAUCGCUUGUCCCCGCAGAGUUACAUCGGAGUCCUGAGGUUGAGGUCGAGCUGGAGUCGCACGGGAACAAGUCAACUUCACAGUGGCACCCCGACAAAGACCAAGGCACCCCAGAUUACGCAUUCCGCGUACCUAGUCAAGAAACGCUGGAUACUGUGUGA